AUGCUAUUCCCAACUACCUACCAUACGUAUGCAUACUAUAUUACGGAAUCUAGCUUGCAGGGCCUUUGCGAAACGUUUCUGUCUAUUAUCUAUGUACUACUAACCGCUGGAGCUAAGUACCAUAAUGCUAUUCCUGACUACCCACAAACCAUACCCAAGUACCACAAUGCUAUUCCUGACUACCUACAAACCAUACCUGGAGGUGGAUGGUGUUUAAUUCCACCAAAAACCCAAAUGCAGCUAGCGCCUAAUGCCAGCCAAGUACCACAAUGCUAUUCCUGA